AGAAUGUCUUCAACACGGUUUAUUAGGUAUUUGUCAUAAAUGUUCAGGACACUUAAUUAACAAAAAAUUUAUCUUGAAUUGCCAAGUCUGUCGACUCGACUUAAAGAUUACGAAUUAAGCUUCUUCACAAUAUCAAAAUAGAGUUUUAAAGUGAACUUUAUAAAUCGAGCAAUGGCCUGCCUGCGAUACCAACAAUCACAUGAUAAUCGGCAGUGAAAUUGUUGCGAAGGAGACUUGUAUGAGCUGGGACUAUCGUACUCCUCAAAUUUAAACUAUUUAUUUAAUUUUAGUCACUAAACAAUGUAAUUUAGAUUAGUUUAUUGCUAAUUAUUAGUAAUUUAAAAUUACUUUCAUGGUUAUGAUCAAAAGGUAGCGUUGAAUAAAAUAGAUAUGACACUGUAUCAUUUUGGAAAUUGUUUAGCGUUAGUUUAUGUACCUUACUACUUAACCUACAAAUACUCGGGACUCUCCGAGUAUGGCGCUUUUUGGAAAUGUAUUCAGGCUGGAGGGAUUUAUAUUUUUACCCAACUUGUUAAGAUGCUUAUUUUAGCUACUUUUUUCCCCACUGCGGAUAAUAUAGGAUAUAAGGGCUUUGACAUUUUUGGUGAAUUUUUUAAAUCUACUAUCGACAUUGCCGAUCUGAUUGGGAUAUACAUAGUUUUGAACGGUAUACCAGGCAAAGGUCAUGCAAAAGUUUUGACUGCGGGAAUAGGAUGGGCCGGGGCUGAGGUUGUUCUAACGAGAUUUUUAUUGUUAUGGAUUGGGGCUAGAGGCGCAGAGUUCGAUUGGAAGUAUAUGCAGAAGAGUUUGGAAUCUAAUAUAUAUCUAGUUCAACAUAUUACGACGGCAACGUUAGUUUGGCUUUGGUCGAGACAUGAUUUAAAGCAAAGUCUAGUACCUGUUGUUGUUAGUAUGCUGUUGCUUACAGUAUAUAGGCCACUUAUUUCGGAUUUUCUAAUAAUGUCAUUUACGAUUGGACCUUGGUCGGCAUUAUUUAUUAAAGCUAUUGCUGCAACAAUAAUGGGAACAUUAACUUUACACAUAUACGCUGCUCUUGCUUAUACUAUUGGAAUUUUUUGAAAUUCUUCAUAAUUUUCAAUGUAAAUAUAAAUAAUUUUAAAUUAGGCCGAAUG